ACCCCAGGUUCCAGCUUCCUUCGUCCUCCUACUUGCUAAUCGCUAUCACGCCACCGAAACAGUCUCCACCCCCUUCUCCCGGAACCAAAAACCCUAGCAAGGGGAGGGCCCCGCCGCGCGGUGCCAUGGACGCCAUCCGGAAGCAGCUUGACCAGCUCAUGGGCGCCAACCGCAAUGGCGACGUCCGGGAGGUCAGCCGCAAGUACUACGACCGCGACGUCUGCCGCCUCUUCCUCGCCGGCCUAUGCCCCCACGACCUCUUCCAGCUCACCAAGAUGGACAUGGGUCCGUGUCCUAAGCUGCACUCGUUGCAGCUCCGCAAGGAAUACGAGGAGGCCAAAGCCAAAGGUAUGGACAACUAUGAUCGUGAAUUGGAAGAAACUAUAGAAAGACUGAUAGUUGAGUGCGAGAGAAAGAUUCAAAGAGCCCUUAAGCGUUUGGAGGAGGAAGACGCCAAGGCAGCUAUUGCAAUUUCUAUCACUGAGGUUACACAGAGUAGAGAGGUACUCGAGUUCUCCAAACAAAUUAAGGAGAAGAUGAAGGAGAUAGACACUUUUGACUUUGAUGGAAACACUGAGGGAAAAAUUCGGGCUACUGAAGAGGUUGAUAAACUCAAGGAACAGAGAGCUGAAGAGCAGGCAAAGCUGCUCCUUGAAGCCUUUAAUAAGGACCGUGUUUUGUUAGUGAAUUCUCUCCAAACUGCUACGCAAUCAACAGCACAUGCUGCUCCAGAUGCUCGUACACAAGAAAUGAUUAAUGAAAAGCUCAAAAAAGCAGAGGAAUUAGGUGAGAGUGGGAUGAUUGAUGAAGCACAAAAACUGUUGGAUGAAGCAGAAGCUCUGAAGAAGCUGGGUGCGCGGCCACAGCCUGUUCCUGACUCUGCAAAAAUGUCCACUCACGUUCAAAUUACUGAUCAAAAGUUGCGCCUGUGUGACAUAUGUGGAGCAUUCUUGAGCGUGUAUGACAGUGACCGGCGUUUAGCAGAUCAUUUCGGAGGGAAACUCCAUAUGGGUUAUAUGCUAAUACGUGAGAAGUUGUCUGAACUGCAGGAAGAGAAAAACAAAAGGCGCAAGGUAGACCGAACUGAACAUGACAGAAGAUCCAAGGAAAGGAGCACAGAACGUGAUAGAGCAUCAAGCAGGGACCGUCAUAGAGGAGAUCGAAGCAGCAGUCGUGACAGGCACAGGGAUUAUGACCGUAGAAGUAGCCAUGAUCGCUACCAUGACAGAGAAAGUAGAUAUGACCAUGAUAAAGAAUCAGGGAGAUCUCUUAGCUAUGAUUCGAGGAGCCGCCGAAGGUCACGUUCCCCAAGGGAUAGUUCUAGGGACUAUGACCGACACGGGCGUCGUGACCGUUGAGAUGGGCACUAGAUGCAGGCAGGCUUGCAUUAGAUUUUCUGAGGUGGGCACUAGAUGCAGGCAGGCAGGCGUGCGACAUAUUAGUAACAGAAAAGAAAGGAAGUAGUGUAUCAACAUUCAACCAAUGCCCUUUUUUGGAAACAUGAUGUGCUUUAGAAGAGGUGGUCAGUCCAGAACUUGAUGAUUGCUGCUUUGGAUGGCUUGGCUCUUUUCUCUGCGACAGAAAGACCACCUUGAGGUAUCCAUCCUUGAAAGUGGUGUACUGCCUGCCUGAAGAUUUUAUAAUUUCUGAUGAUGGAUCAAAUACCCCAGCAUCCCAUGAUCACAAAUUCACAAUAUCCAGGGCAAUAUCUCUUGGGAGGACCUGCAUGGCUAGGCUGAUCGCAUCAAAGCAAGAAGUACCUCUAUUUUUGGUGUGCAUGAUAUAUUUCCUAGCACCUGAGGGCAAAUGGGUAGUCCUAGAAUAAGUGCAUUGAAGUUUCUUCCACCUUGUCGUCAUAAAGAACUCUCAAGGUACUGAUUUUCUGCUCAAUAGGUUCCCGUUGUCCACUCUAUCGUAGAGCAAUUACCAGAAAAAGGAGCCGUGCUUGGAUACACCCCCUUUUAAAAAGUUGACAAAUUUUGAUGUAAA